CAUUUUGAGAAAUGAUGAUGUGAUGACAAGGCAACCUAAGAUGGAACGUUUUAUCUUCGAACUGGCAGUUCUUGCCUUGGCAACCUCACUUCCCUGACUGUGAAAUACUUGAGAACGCGCAGAAAGAACAGUUACAGACAUGGCAAAAAGCUUCGAAUAUGGAGCCUUCAUGGAGAAAUUUAUUCUCCAACCAAGUCCUUCUCAGCAACUUCCCCUCAGUGGCCUCAGUUUUGCUGUUAAAGACAUAUUUGAUGUGGAUGGAUAUGUCACUGGGUUUGGAAACCCUGACUGGAAAAGGACUCAUUCGGCUGCCAUAUCAACAGCACCGGCUGUGCUGGAUGUCUUGAGGGCAGGAGCCACUUGUGUUGGCAAGACUGUCAUGGAUGAAAUGGCAUACUGUAUAAAUGGGGAAAAUAUACACUAUGGCACUCCCACAAAUCCAUGUGCACCAGAUAGAGUACCUGGAGGAUCUUCCAGCGGCUCUGCUGUUGCAGUAGGUGCAAGGCUCGUGGACUUCUCCCUAGGAACUGACACUGGAGGAAGUGUGAGAGUUCCUGCAUCAUAUUGUGGAAUUCUUGGGUUUCGGCCUUCACAUGAUGCUGUCUCUACUUCCGGAGUUAUUCCUAUGGCACAGAGUUUUGAUACUGUGGGAUGGUUUGCUAGGGAUCCUGUGGUUCUGAAUAAGGUUGGACGUGUCCUGCUGCAUUUACCUAAUGUGGAUCCUGUCAGACCUAGUCAGAUUAUUAUACCGGAAGAUUGUUUCAGCUUGUCAAGCACUCCAAAUGAUCGAACAACUCAAGUUCUUGUAAAGUCAGUGGAGAAGCUCUUUGGAGGUCAAAUUCUAAAGCAUGUAAUUCUUGGAGACUAUUUAAAGGAAAAAGUACCUAGUUUGCAGCAUUUCAUGAGUGCGGGGAAUGAAGAGCAUUUGUAUAACAUACCAUCCUUGGCCGCCCUUUCAAGUGCAAUGCGAUUGCUUCAAAGGUAUGAAUUCAAGAACAACCAUGCUGAAUGGGUCAUGACAGUGAAUCCUAAGUUAGGUCCGGGACUAUCUGAGAGGAUAUGGGUUGCCAUUAGAACACCAGAGGAAAACAUUGAUGUCUGCCACACCGUGCAGAAUGAAGUACAUGCUGCUCUUACAGCUCUCCUUGAGGAUCAAGGCAUCCUUGCUCUGCCUACUAUUCCAGGGGAUCCACCAAAACUACAAUCAAAUCCAGCCACGCUGGAAGUAUUUCGUGCAAGAGCUUUUAGCUUGCUAUCCAUUGCUGGAGUAUCUGGAUUUUGUCAGGUUAGCAUUCCACUGGGGAUGCAUAAUGAUCUUCCUGUAUCAAUCUCUUUGGUGGCGAAACAUGGUUCAGAUGCUUUUCUGCUUAAUCUAGUUGAGACACUAUAUGACACCAUCAAAGAAGAAGUUGGAAUUGCUGAGAGAAUUAGUAACUGAAUUAACUACACUAAUCUUCAAUUUAAAGUGUUAAGCUUUAUGUUGUACCAAGAUCAAGUCAGGCAUGACUAUCUUGCCCAAUUCAGAUCAGUACAUUUGGCAAUAGCUGCCAUCAUCAUCAGUCAUGUAUGUUCAACUAUUUCUUCUUUCCUUUC